GUCCUGCAUUUGUAAACAAUCAUUGGUGAAGAAAAUAAAGAAUAAAACUUCUUAUGAAGUCAAGUUUCACCAUCAAUCAAAAUAACAGUAACAAAAUGAAAGAUAAAAAAGAUUCUGGAGGUGAAAUUACUGUAAAUAAAGUGAAAUCUCUUGAUGAAGAUGGGGGUAAAAGGAAUCCUUUAGAUGCGGAAUUUACCAAUGAAGAAGAAAAUGCAACUGAAGAGGAAAUAAAAGAAGAAAUACCUCCUGUAUCAUUCUUUUCAUUGCCUGUAAACCUUCUCCUGUUUGGCAGCCUCUCAGAGACAUUGAUCAGCUAUCCCACCACUGUCAAAAACUACGAUUUAGGAGACCUUUUAAUGGACAAAAUGGUAGACAUAAUAAGAAGUCUUAGAGAACCUCGAGAUGAUACGAUAGAUUCUGAUGAAUUUCUUGACAGAAUUAUAGCAUUUGCUGUGAACAACUCUAUAGUCGGAGCAGUGAUGCUCGUUGCCACUUAUGUAUCACUGAUCUUCCGAAUCAGAAGUAAAUACUUAAAGUCAGCAUUGCAACAGGACAUAGGAUGGUAUGAUCUUCAACAAACUGGAGAUUUUGCUAGCAGAAUGUCAGAAGAUUUAAUAAAACUUGAAGAAGGAUUGGGCGAGAAGGUUGCAAUGUUCAUACAUUUCCAAAUUUCCUUUGUGGCAUGCUUGAUUGUGGCCUUUGUAAAGGGUUGGGAACUUGCUCUUGUCUGUCUUGUGUCAUUCCCUGUUACAAUGAUAUCUAUGGCAAUUGUUGGAGUUAUAUCAAGCAGAUUAGCCAAACAAGAACUUGAAGCCUAUGGAAAAGCUGGUACUAUUGCUGAGGAAGUGUUGAGUUCUAUGCGAACAGUAAUAGCUUUUGGAGGUCAAAAGAAGGAAUCUGAAAGAUAUUAUGCAAACCUGGUGUUUGCUAAAAAUAUCAAUGUAAAAAGAGGAUUUUAUAAUGGUUUGGGUUUUGGGUUGUUGUGGUUCUUCAUAUAUGCCAGUUAUGCCCUUGCUUUCUGGUAUGGCGUUGGUUUGAUUAUUAAAGACAAGUAUUCAGCUAGCACUAUGAUAACUGUUUUCUUUGGUGUAAUGAUGGGUUCUAUGAAUUUUGGCAUGUCUUCACCAUUAAUCGAAGCCUUUGGUAUUGCCAAAGGAGCUGGAGCCAAAAUCUAUUCAGUGAUUGAGAGAAAAUCACCCAUUGAUAGUUGGUCUGAAGAUGGUUUACGGCCAUCAAAAAUCACAGGAACUCUUGAAUUUGAAGAUAUUCAUUUUGAAUAUCCUUCAAGAAAGAAUGUCAAGAUUCUGCAAGGACUUAAUUUGACAAUUCAGAAUGGCCAAACAGUUGCUCUUGUUGGAAGUUCUGGUUGUGGCAAAUCCACUUGCAUUCAACUAAUUCAGAGAUUUUAUGAUCCACGGAAAGGCACUGUGAAACUGGAUGGCUGUGAUAUAAAGGAAUUGAAUGUUGCUUGGUUACGAAGUCACAUCGGUGUUGUUGGUCAAGAACCAGUAUUGUUUCAAACUACUAUAGCUGAAAAUAUUCGAUAUGGUCAUGAAACUGCAACUAUGGAUGAAAUUAUAGCAGCUGCAAAAAAAUCGAAUGCACAUGACUUCAUCUCGAAAUUACCACAGGGCUAUGAUACUUUAGUGGGGGAGAGAGGAGCUCAGAUUUCUGGAGGUCAGAAACAACGUAUAGCUAUUGCAAGAGCUUUAGUUCGCAAUCCUACCAUUUUACUCCUGGAUGAAGCCACUUCAGCACUGGAUACUAAUAGUGAAGCUAAAGUACAAGCAGCUCUUGAUAAAGCUAGUCAAGGACGUACUACUAUUAUUGUUGCUCACAGACUUUCAACUAUUCGUAAUGCAGAUAAAAUUGUGGUACUGUCUGGAGGAAUUGUAGUAGAAGAAGGAACACACAAUGAGCUAAUGUCACAAAAAGGUCAUUAUCAUGGUUUAGUAACUGCUCAGGUAUCUCAUGCUGAGGAUGAGGCUGAUGAGUCCCAGAAUACUGCAGAUGAAGAGAAAAGACAUCCUCUAUCAAGAAUGGUGAGUGUACGAAGUGAAAACUCUUCAAUUAUGGAAGAUCCAGAUACUAUACUACCAAAUGUUGAAUCAGAUUAUGAUAAAGAAAAGCCUCCACCUGUUAAAAUGCUUGAUGUGUUAAAAAUGAAUAGCCCAGAAUGGAUUUUCAUCACAAUUGGAACUCUAUCCUCAAUAAUUAUGGGAUGUGCAAUGCCAGUUUUUGCAAUUUUGUUUGGUGAUAUUAUGCAGGUGUUAGCUGAGGCAAAAGCUGGUGGUGACAGUGAUCAAGUUAGAAAAGAUUCUAAUGUAUAUUGCCUCUACUUUGUAAUUGCUGGUAUUGCUGUCGGAAUAUCUACGUUUUUACAGAUUUACUCUUAUUCAAUAGCUGGGGAAAAACUUACGAUGCGACUAAGAGGUCUUGCUUUUGAAGCCAUGAUGAGACAAGAAAUUGCAUGGUUUGAUAAUAAAGCAAAUAGCACAGGAGCCCUUUGCUCUCGAUUAUCAGGAGAAGCUGCAGCAGUGCAAGGGGCUACUGGACAGAGAAUUGGAACAGUAAUUCAGUCCAUUGCUACUAUACUGUUGGGUGUGUCUCUAUCAAUGUACUACAAGUGGAAUCUUGGCCUAGUUGCCUUGGCAUUCACACCUAUAAUCCUCCUAGGCAAUUAUUUCUCCAGAAGUGUCAUGACAGGUGAAGCUUUUAGCAAUCAAGAUGCUAUGCAAAAUAGUACCAAGUUGGCUGUAGAAGCAGUGGGAAAUAUACGAACAGUAGUGGGUCUUGGACGUGAAAGACAGUUUCACGCCCAGUACUUGAUAGAAUUAUUACCUGCUCAUAAACUUGCUCUAAGAAACACUCAUCUGCGUGGAUUAGUGUAUGGUGUGGCUCGCAGUAUUAUGUUUUUUGCAUAUGCUGCUUGUAUGUAUUAUGGUGGCACUCUUGUUAAAAAUGAAGGAAUGGAAAUUAGCAUUGUUUUCAAAGUUUCUCAAGCCUUGAUAAUGGGAACUGUUUCUAUUGCAAAUGCAUUAGCUUUUGCACCCAAUUUUGAGAAGGGAAUGGUUGCUGCUAGCAAAAUUUUCUAUUUACUGGCUCGUCAACCUAAAGUUGUUGAUAAACCAGUGUACACUGACCCUGACUGGGAAACACAGGGUAAUGUACAGUAUUCUGAGAUAGACUUUUUCUAUCCUACUCGGCCAUCUAUUCAAGUCCUGUCUGGUUUAAAUCUUGAUAUCUUAAAAGGUCAGACUGUUGCACUUGUAGGACAAAGUGGUUGUGGAAAAUCUACCCUCAUACAACUUCUUGAGAGAUUUUAUGACCCCACACUUGGAGUUGUUUAUUUGGAUGAUCGUGAUAUCUCAACAGUAUACAUGUCCUCAUUACGCAAGCAACUUGGCAUUGUCUCACAAGAACCUGUUUUAUUUGAUCGCACUAUUGCUGACAAUAUAGCAUAUGGUGACAACUCUAGAGAAAUUCCAAUUCAAGAAAUUAUGGAGGCUGCUCGAAAGGCCAAUAUACAUAAUUUUAUUACUUCUCUACCCAUGGGGUAUGAAACACGAAUGGGAGAGAAAGGCACCCAAUUAUCGGGAGGGCAGAAGCAGCGAGUUGCCAUUGCAAGAGCCCUCGUGAGGAAUCCACGUGUUCUCUUACUGGAUGAAGCCACUUCUGCAUUGGAUACAGAGAGUGAAAAGGUGGUACAAGAGGCUCUGGAUAAAGCAAAGGAAGGCCGAACAUGCAUUACUAUUGCGCAUCGUCUCUCAACAAUACAAGAUGCUGACUUGAUAUGUGUAGUUAACAAUGGAGUUAUUGCUGAACAAGGAAAGCAUAAAGAACUUCUGGCCCAACAAGGACUGUAUUAUAAACUUCAUGCUUUACAAAGUGGAAAGAGGUGAAUCUUCAUAGUUGUGUUUUGACAGGUGAUUUAAGGCCAUCACAGGACCAAACUGUGAACAAAUAACAUACUGCACCUUAGAGAUGCUUUAUUUUAAUUAUAUUUAAAUAGGGCUGAAAUUGUGCUUUAAAAUGUUUAGAGAAAAAUAGCAAUAGAUAAUCAAAUUUUCAAACAUUAAUUUUAAAUAUUUCAAUUACAAAAUGCCAAACAUCUGAUAAAUUUUGGUGCAUAGUAUUUAUGUAAUUCUGACUAAAGAAACAUUAAGAUUGGCUACUUUUUAUCCUACAUUGCAAUUUGAAGAGAGAAUUCAUUGAACCACAAAAAUGUGUGCACUCCUUAACAAUUUUUAUUGUGUGUAUUGCAUU